CUUAAAUAUCACACGUCUUUCCUGCCAUACUGUGGUUCCUGUUGCCUCUUGAGACCAGGGACAAAAGACUGUUGUGAUUCCACCUCUGCCUGCCCAGCUUCAGUCCAGAAAGGUGACUCCCAGCCAUGAGGACCGUCCCUCUCUUUGCUGCCUGUCUUCUGCUGACCCUGAUGGCCCAGGCUGAGCCUCUCCCAAGAGCAGCUGACCACUCUGACACUAAGAUGAAAGGAGACAGAGAAGACCAUGUUGCUGUCAUUUCUUUUUGGGAGGAAGAAAGCACCAGUCUUCAAGAUGCAGGUGCAGGUGCAGGCCGGCGCUGUAUUUGCACAACAAGAACCUGCCGUUUUCCAUAUCGCAGGCUGGGAACCUGCCUCUUCCAGAAUCGAGUCUACACAUUCUGCUGCUAAGCUUCCAGAAUAAAAAACAAUUCUAUUUUGCUUUGAGGCCUCUAAGAGAAUUGCUGCUUUCCUGUAGCUAUGUCUUCCAUUGUUUUCUUUCUGUUAAAUAAAUUGCUGUGGAAUUGC